UUAAGUAAUUGGUGUUUUAUUGCGUAAUUUGUACAAAUAAAUAUGUGGAUAUGGAAUAUCAAUUUAAAAACAUUAGUAAAUAAACCCAUUACUCCUUAAUUGAUUUCUUGAAAAGUCGCGGGAAUUAUUUUCAGAAUUGCGUCGUUAUUGUGUACAGAAACCAGUUUAAUUACACGUAUGCCUAGUGGGAUAAUAAUGGCGUUUUUGCAUUAUUAAUUUAACAAAAAAUGAACACACUGUUGACAUAAUGCCUAUUUUAUCAAGACAGAAUGUGAUAGUCAUGUUGCCAGAUUUAAUACAAAAGCUGGAAACAGUCUCCGUGGAAGCCGCUCCUCACGCGAGUAUGGAUACAACAAGUAACAUCGUGUCUGCCCUUGAAAAGACACUAGAUAGUGCUAAAGAGAUAGUCCUAGCAGACGAGAAACAGUUGGAGCCGCCCCCCACGGAGCAAGUCAUAUAUCUGUGUGCCCCAACGCCUGAUAGCGCUACCGAGCAAAAUGUUUACUCGUCGUCUGAGAGCGACGAUGAAGACUUUAUCGUCAAUGAAUCUUCUUUUGAAGAAAAUUCAGAGGAUUACGAAUCAAACCUGUUUGAAGUAUUCGUUGAUAUAAACCAGACAACGGGGGAACCGGACGGGGGCUCGAUCAGCUCCUACGAGGUUGAGAACGAAGACAAGAGAAAUUCGCUGCCCAUCCCUGACGGUUGUCGAAGUCACCGACGGCGGUCUUCGCGCUGGUCGGCCACGGUGCUCUUUCUAGCAUCGGAAGUUCAGAUGAUGGUCAACCUCGCCCAACUCUCGCCGCCAGACGGAUAUGAGUUGGCACCAAAGAAAAAGGGAGACCCUGGCGACGAAGACAACAUGUCCGACAAAGACAGCGCCGUAGUCAUUCAGCCAAUGGACAAUCAGGACUCAAACAGCGACCGACCAAUCAGCGAGCCCCACACAACUCCUGUUAAAGAAUACUCAAAUGGUGACCUAAUUCAAGUGAUCUGUGAUAACAAUGAUUUACCUCCCCCUUAUGAAAACCUUGACAAUAACGGCACGGGUGAUAACGACAAAGACAGCAAUGACAAAGAAGAUAACCAUUCCCUUAUUAGUGAGAAAAGUGAUAAACCGCAAGCGGCCGAGACUGAGGAUGCUGACAGCCUGUGCAGCGAGCCGCACCCUCCCCAUGAGGACUGGGGCCACAAGGCCGAGUACCUGCUGGCUGUAAUCGGGUACGCUGUGGAUCUGUCCAAUGUGUGGAGGUUCCCCUACCUCUGUUAUAGGAACGGCGGAGGUGCUUUCAUUAUUCCAUAUUUCACGACCUUGGUAUUCGGCGCUCUUCCAAUCUUUUUCAUGGAGUUAUGUCUGGGUCAGUUCCACAGAGAGGGACCAAUAACUGUAUGGAAAAUAGCCCCAAUCUUCAAAGGGAUCGGUUACGCCUCGUGCUUUAUGGCGUACAUUGUUGCGUUUUAUUACAACGUCGUGAUUGGCUGGGCCUUCUACUACCUGUUCUCCUCUUUCACAAUGGACUUGCCCUGGCGCCACUGUGAUAGAGAGUGGAACAGUCCACAUUGCUGGCUGUUACAGGGGGGACAAUUUAACACCUCAGAGAACCAGACCACGAGCAAUAUGACGCACGCUGUGUCGUCAUCAUACGAAUUUUUUGAGCGGGGAAUGCUGCACCUCCACCUGAGUAGCGGCCUUGAGGCCCUGGGAGGGGUGCGCUGGGAGUUGGUCCUCUGUACGCUUCUCACCUUCAUCUGCCUGUACUUCUCUCUCUGGAAGGGCGUGAAAAGCUCAGGAAAGGUAGUGUACAUCACGGCGACGAUGCCGUACCUGAUCCUGACCAUCCUCCUGGUGAGGGGGUGCAUGCUGCCGGGUGCGGGGGAGGGGAUCCUAUACUUCAUCACCCCCAAACUGGACAGACUUAACGACCCCAAUGUAUGGAUCGAUGCGGCAGUCCAGAUUAUGUUCUCCAUCGGGGCGGGAUUCGGCACCCAUAUUGCAUAUGCCAGUCACAACAAGUUCAACAACAACUGCUACAUGGACUGCCUAUUCACGGCGGCCGUCAACAGUUUCACGAGCAUUUUCUCCGGAUUUGUAGUGUUCUCCUAUCUGGGUUACAUGGCGGACAGGCAGCAGAAGGGAAUAGACGAGGUCGCACAGGAAGGUCCUGGCCUGGUGUUUAUUGUGUACCCGGAGGCCAUAGCCACCCUGCCUGGCUCCUCCGCCUGGGCCAUCAUCUUCUUCAUCAUGCUCAUUACGCUUGGCAUGGACAGCGCGUUUGGUGGCCUUGAGUCCCCAUUGACGGGCCUCUCUGACAAGUUCUACCACGUGUUUAAAAACCGAUACUACCGCGAGAUUCUCACGUUCGUCGUGAUUGGCUCCGCUUUCCUCUUCUCCAUUCCCUGCAACACAUGGGGCGGUAUGUACGUGUUUAAGAUCCUGGAUACGUUUGCGGCCGGCACGUCCAUCGUGUUCACGGUCCUCUGCCAGGUUGUCGCCGUCUCUUGGUUCUACGGUAUCGACCAGUUCUGCGCAGACAUCAAUCAGAUGAUCGGUUUCCGACCGGGCCUCUACUGGCGGGUCUGCUGGAAGUUCCUCAGCCCGGCAUUCCUCCUGGUGAUCGUCAUCUCGAGCAUCCUGCACUACAAACCGCUGGUGUACGAGGGCUCUAGUGAAAGUUACGUGUAUCCUGGCUACGCUAACGUGCUAGGUUGGUGUAUCGCCGCCAGUCUUAUGGCCAUCAUACCCAUAUACGCCCUCUACUACAUAUGUUCCGCCAAGGGAAAACUGCAGCAGCGUGUUGCACUCGGAAUUUCACCGAAAUGCGAACAUAAAGAAAUAAUUGAAAAACAGGACGUAAAGCGAUUUAAGAGACAACACUGGCUGUACAUAUGAGGGGAGGAGGACUAGAAUCGCCAUCAUUGUUCAAACAGAAACUGGGGACCAACUUUUAUACGGAUGUUGUUUUUUACUUUCCUAUAUGGACUGUUUGUUUGUGUUGGUGCUCUUCAAUGUUACUACGAAACCGCAGUAUGGAUGAUAUAUGGAGUAGGUCUCAAUUGUGCAGUUGGCAUAGCAACCAUUCAACCAUUACAUUAUACAAAUAAGCUUAUGUAAGGUCGACUUAGAUUCAUUGCAGUUUCCAGUUUAAAGCUGCACUCUCACAGAUUGGACAUUUGGACAACUUUUUUUAUUUUUUGUCUUGGAACGAGCCAAUUUUUGCGAAAAUCCAUGGAAACCAGUCAUAUAGAAGUAUAGAAGAAGAUUUUAUUGACUAUAAGCUUACAGCCCAUGAGUUACAUAUAAUAUAAGCAUGUACAGUAUAUAAACAUUUCCGAUAGAACAUCUCUCAAGACUGCUAUAAAACUGCUGACAAAAAUUAGAUAGCAGAUUUUUAUAUUUAAGGUCAAAAAUUGAUGUGUUAUGCAUUUUUCUUAAACCGUUAGUAACGGUUUAAGCCAUAAAACAUUAAUUUUCGAACGGAAAUAUGAAAAUCUACGAUCUGAUUUUUUGUCCGCAAUCUUAUAUCAUUGCUUUGCAAAUAUUUACGCAAUAAUUUGCUCUUUCCUAGAAAAAAAAUAAAAAAAAGUUGUAAAAAUGGUAUAUCUGUUAAAGUGCAGCUUUAAAUUUAUGUAUAAACCAUUUUAAGUUUUAAUACGGUGCCAGUGUCUCGUUUUGAUUAAAACGAUAAAUAAUGUUGUUUAUUACCCUUAUACAUACACCAUAAACCUUUGUGAAAUUGUGACAGUCUGGAAUUCAUGCAUUUACACAGUUAGUAAGCCAAAGGUCACCAUUUAUGGAAAGAAGUUAGU